GUGACAAUCAUCCGACUCGGUGUCAUAUAUGACGUCAGUUACAAAGAGAAUUGCAUUUGCAUUGGACAUCGGAUAUGAGAAGCGAUAAAUCAGAAGAAGACGUUCCACCGGAGGAAGAAAAAUGCGCACUAAGAGAAGUGAUCGUUGAAGAACCAGAAGCUAGUGAAGAUUCCAGUGAAGACUAUUCAUCAGAGGAAGAACGAAAAACAGAAAAGCCCAAGCAUGACAUUCCUCCAGAAUACUGGCAUAUCCAGAAACUGGUAAAAUAUAUAAAGACUGGAAAUCAAACCGCCACUGUCGUAGCUUUAUGUUGUCUCAAAGACCAUGAUCUUUCUACUGAGAUCAACCAAACGGCUAUACAGGAAAUCGGAGGUCUAGAAAUCCUGAUAAACCUCCUCGAAACCAAAGACCUGAAAUGCAAAAUAGGCGCUUUGGAGGUGUUGACGGAGCUCUCCCACAAUCCGGACAUCCGCAGAUGUAUCGCUGAUUUGGGCGGGAUCCCGCUGUUGGUGAAAAACCUCACGGAACCUGCCAGAGAUUUGCAGAUUCUCGUCGCCGAAACUAUAGCGAACGUUGCGCAGAUAAAGAAAGCUAGGAAGGCUGUGAGGAAGUGCUAUGGCAUUUCAAAGUUGGUGGACUUUUUGGAUGUUAACGAGGUCUAUCUCAAAUCGCCUCCAGAACAAUUGACGGCCGAUCAAAGGGGGCUGGUCAAUAUGGCAAAAGCAGCUACAAGAGCACUUUGGGCUAUCUCGAGAAGCAGUAAAAAUAUCCAAGUGAUGAUGAAGAGCGGUUCAGUUCCUUUGUUAGCCAGAUUGUUGAGGUCUAUACACAUGGACGUGGUCGUUCCAGCUGUUGGUACAAUAUCCCAAUGUGCGGAUGACCCGGGGUACCAGCUAGCUAUCCAGACAGAGGGAAUGAUUCGGGAUAUAGUCAGGCAUUUGUCUACAGAGGAAUAUCCUAUGCUAAGAAGAUACUGCGCAGAAACGAUAUUUAAAUGCAGCGAGAACGCUUUGACCAGAGAUAUGGUCAGACAAGCAGGUGGGUUGGACCCGCUGGUCAAUAUGGCCAGGAACCCGAAAACGAAAGAAGAUAAGCCAUUGCUUGCUGCUGUCACAGGGGCAAUUUGGAAGACAGCCAUCAGUCCUGCGAAUGUUGAAAGGUUGGAUCAACUGAAAACUGUCGAGACGCUUGUCAAGCUCCUAGAGAACGUCGAAGAAGACGAAGGUGUUUUGAGCAACGUUGUUGGGGCACUUUGCGAAUGUCUGAAAUUUGAACACAACAGAAGUACCCUGAGGAGAGCAGACGGUAUACCUCACUUGGUGAACCUGCUCAAUUACACCUAUCCUCCAUUAUUAGAAAACGUCCCGAUGGUAUUGAGAGAGUGUGCCGAAGAUGAAGAUUCGAUGAGGAUCAUCGAAGAAUUGGAUGGCGUCAGACUCAUUUGGUCUUUGCUGAAAAACGAUUCUCCAAGGGUUUGUAUUUUGUAG